AUGUGCGCCCCUCCUCCCAAAGGUCGCAAGGUGUUUCAAGAGGCGCUGGAGGCCGGGACCAUGACGGGCUUUUUCAAGUUGGUUGAGCAGCUGAGUACCCAGGACGAGCCAGCGUUCUGCGGCCUGGCCAGCCUGGCUAUGGUGCUCAAUGCGCUGUCGAUAGACCCGCGACGAACCUGGAAGGGCAGCUGGCGGUGGUUCCACGAGAAGCUGCUCGACUGCUGCCUGCCGCUGGACAAGGUUGCGGCGGAGGGAAUCGUGCUUUCGCAGGCCGCGUGCCUGGCGAAGUGCAACGGCGCGCGCGUCGAGCUGCACCGCGCCGGCAGCUUCACGCUGGAGGACUUCCGGCGGCAGCUGCUGGACUGCGCCGCCAGCGGGGAGGAGCAUGUCGUGGUGUCCUACAGCCGGCGGACUUUCCUGCAGACCGGGGACGGGCAUUUCAGCCCGAUCGGCGGCGUCCACGCCGGCAGGGACUUGGCGCUGAUCUUGGACACGGCGCGCUUCAAGUACCCGCCCCACUGGGUCCCCAUCCCGCUGCUGUUCGAAUCCAUGGCCGCCGUCGACCCCUCCACCGGCCAGCCGCGCGGCUUCCUGCGCCUCGCCGUGCAGGAGUGGCCCGACAGCGUGCUCUUCACGCUCGAAUUGCAAAGGGGCGCGUGGCGCGAGGCGGCGCGGUGGGGGCACGAGGAAGCGCCGGCGGAGGUCGAGGCCCUCGCGCGCGCCGGCGCGGCCGAGCCGGCCGCGAUCCUCCGGCGCCUGGCGGCGUCCGCGCCUCUGCCCAGCAUCGGCUCGUUCGUGGCGGUGCGGUACGCGUCGGCGCAGUGCGCCAAGGACAGGUGCGUGCCGCACGCGGUGAGGCAGCAGGUGCUGGAGGAGCUGCGGGCGACGCCGCUGUACCAGCUGGUGUCCGACCUGCUGCAGGGCAACCCCGAGGCCGCCCGCCUCGAGUUCGCGGCUGAGAGGUUGUGCAUGCUGCUGCUGCUGCAGCCGCCCUCCGCGUGGGCGCCCGCCGCGGCCUGGGCGGACCCCGGGCAGCACGCCCAGUGGCAGAAGCUGCUGGAGACGUCUGCGGUGAGCAUACUGGAGUCCGAAGCCAAGUAUCUGCGCCACCAGUUCAGCCACAUCGGGGAGGUCAUCGCGGGCGGCGGCGACCACGCCGUCGAGGACUGCGGCACGUGCACGCCGCCCAAGCGGGGCGGCGGCGGCGGCGGCGGCGCUGGGGGCGGCGGCGGGGGCGCAGGGGAGGGGCUGGGCGGGCCGUGCGGCCCUGUUGAUGAGCACCAGGGGACUGGCUGCUGCCAUUAG